UUCUUAGGGGUUGUCUUUGAAAAUACGCUUUGUUUGCGAAGACUUGGAGGAGCAGGGAGAGAACGGUUGAAACCAAAGUUGUUUAAUUUUGCAGGUCAGUCUCCUCACAGCCCCUUCUUCGCUUUCACUUUCUUUCUUCAUUAUUCCUAGAAACCGACAUUUUUUGACCCGGAAAAUAAAGAAAGCAGAAAAAAGGAUAUGCUACCGGAUAACGAUGAUGCCUUUCUCUAUGCCUCUAAUUUAUACCGAAAGGAUCCUUACCGGUCUCGGAAAUCAAAACAGCAAGAUGACAGGCCUCCGUCUGCUAUUUCGUCGUAUCAUCCUGCCGCCGUUCAUGAUGCCGGCCGCGCCAACUCCUAUCUGCCAUAUACCAACCACGCACCUGACCUCACACAUGCCCGCAACGAACUGUAUGUGGAAGAUGAUAGCGCCACUCUCGCGGCCACAAGCCUCUACAGAAUUGAAGUCAUCGGCAACGAUCGGAAAGAUAGUCUUAUUGGAGACUCCAAAGCCUUUUUAAAACAUCCGCCAUCGAACAUUUCAUUGGCAGAGGAGCUAUAUAAAAAGCGUCAAACAAAAUUGAUGAAACGUCGGACAUUCUUGGUGAGUUUUCUACUGCUGUUGGCCGCUUUGGUGGCAAUUGCCUAUUUUUGUUGGCCACGCAUACCGAAUAUGGAUAUCACCUCGGAAAAAGCAGAAGCACUUUUCGACACACCGAAUUGGGGACCAGACCAACAUCCAUGGUUACACGCAACUUGGCUGGUCAACCUGACGAUAGACAACCGCCAAAAUUGGAUUCGGACGUAUAUCACUGGAAUGGAAGUGGAAAUGGCUGACUCGAUCACACAAAAGGUGUUUGGCUGGGCAACAAUUGACUCACUUCAGCUUCCUGCUCGGGCUAUCAUUUCAGAGCAUCUCCAAUUCAAAGUCGACUAUGAAUCCGACUCUGUGACCGACCCUACCUUUGAGAAUAUAUAUAACGCCUGUGGACCUCAAGUCGUAAGCGCGCCGCCAGCUCUAAAUAUUACUGUGCAUGCAAGUUUUCGUCUGUUUGGCAUUGUCUGGGUGCCUCGUGCGCUGAUAUCGCCUAUUAAUGGCGGCCUUAUUUGUCCUUCUCGUUGAGCUACCAUGCGAUGAUCCUCUUUUGCUUUUCCAUGCUUUAUCGUUGUAUUUUAUGUCUUUUUUUUUCAGCCCUCCUUGCUCUUUCUAUGAUACCAAAUAUUUUAGACAAUGGAAAGACUACA